AUGGCUGCCAUUGAGAGUUUUGACAACAUCUACCUGGACCUGUCGCGGGAACAUGGCAAAUGCAGGUUUGCCGAGAACGGCCUUGGGUGGAAGCCUGCGGGCGGCGGCGAUACCUUUACACUCGACCAGAGCAACAUCGGCGGCGCGCAAUGGAGCAGGGCGGCCCGGGGCUACGAGGUGAAAAUCUUGCAGCGGAAUUCGGGCGUCAUCCAGCUGGACGGCUUCCAACAAGAGGACUAUGAGCGACUUAGCAAAAUCUUCAAGAGCUGGUACAGCACCAAUCUCGAGAACAAGGAACAUUCGCUGCGUGGCUGGAAUUGGGGCAAAGCCGAAUUUGGCAAGGCCGAGCUCACGUUCAACGUUCAGAACCGACCCGCCUUUGAAAUCCCCUACUCCGAGAUUUCAAACACGAACCUUGCCGGUCGCAACGAAAUUGCGGUUGAGUUUUCGCUCGGCGAUGGUAGCAAGGCGAACGGUCAAAAUGGUGCCACAGCGGGGAAAGGCAGGAAGGCUGCGGCCGGGCGUGAUCAGCUCACGGAAAUGAGGUUCUACAUCCCCGGCACGACAACGCGAAAGGAGGCCGAAGGUGAGGACGCCGGGAGCGAUGCCGACGAAGAAGAGAAGAACGCCGUCACGCUGUUCUACGACACCCUUAUUGAGAAAGCCGAGAUUGGGGAGACGGCCGGCGACACCAUCGCCACCUUCCUCGAUGUUCUGCAUCUCACACCAAGAGGACGUUUUGACAUCGACAUGUACGAUGCGUCGUUCCGCCUCCGGGGUAAGACAUACGACUACAAGAUCCAAUACGAGGCCAUCAAGAAGUUCAUGGUUUUGCCGAAGCCCGACGACACCCACUUCAUGCUCUGCAUCGGGCUGGAUCCGCCUCUCCGGCAGGGUCAGACGCGCUAUCCCUUCAUCGUCAUGCAGUUCAAGCAGGACGAAGAGGUCACGCUUGAUCUCAACCUGUCGGAGGAGGAGCUCAAUGGCAAAUACAAGGACAAGCUGCAGCCCCACUAUGAACAGCCCCUGCACCAGGUCGUCGCGUAUAUCUUCAAGGGGUUGGCCAACAAGAAAAUUACAGCGCCUGCAAAGGACUUUACAACGCACCGCCAACAAUACGGCAUCAAGUGCUCCAUCAAGGCGAGCGAGGGCUUCUUGUACUGCCUGGAGAAGGCCUUUAUGUUCGUGCCGAAGCCGGCGACAUACAUUUCGUACGAACAGACGCAGUCCAUCACCUUCUCGCGCGUCUCGGGCGCCGUAUCGGCCCUCUCGACCUUCGACAUCACCGUCCACAUGAAGUCCGGCGCGGGCUCGUCACAAUUCAGCAACAUUAACCGUGAGGACCUGAAGGCUCUCGAGGACUUCUUCAAACUCAAGGGCUUGCGCGUCAAGAACGAAAUCGACGAGGAGACGACGCUCAUGGCGGCGGCGCUGCGGGACGAGGACAUGGCUAGCUCGGACGAGGAGGUUGUCGGACCCAAGGCGGACCGCGGCUCGGCGGAUGAGGACGAGGAGAGCGUGGACGAGGAUUUCCAGGCCGAGUCCGAGAGCGACGUCGCGGAGGAAUAUGACAGCAACCACGAGAGCGAUGGGUCGGGCAGCGCCGAGAGCGAUGUCGACAACCAGGUGGACGAUGAGGAUGAGGACGAGGACAUGGACGAGGAAGAGGAGGAGGAGCGGCCCAAGAAGAAAAAGAAGACUGGCUAG